AUGUCCGGGAGGAACCAGGCGAGCCAAAGUGGCAGUUUUUACGAAGAUCUUGAGUCUGACUCGCUCCUCAGGCUCUCAGACAUCUCCAUAAAUGACUGGAUGAGGAACCUGGGGGAGGUAGAGCUCUUCGAGGUGGAUCUGCAGCACUUGAUCCUAAAUUAUCUCACCAUCAACGGCCUGGCAGAAGCUGCGGAAGAAUUCGUAAAAGAAGCACGCAUUGAGCCGCAAAUGCCACUGCAUUGCAUUGACUGCAGGGCAAAGAUUCGGGAGGCAAUUUUAAGUGGACGCACAGACGAGGCCAUUCGCCAAAUAGGCUUCAUUGACCCAAAUUUGCUGAGUGCGGAUGCGGAGGUGACGUUUCUGCUUCACAAACAGCAGCUUCUGAAGCUCAUAGAAACGGGCGAACUGGGGGACGCGAUCGAUUUUGCGCAGCGACACCUUGCCCCCUGCGUCAAGGAAUGUCCACAUUUGUUGCCUCACUUGGAGGAAGCCAUGGCUCUCUUGGCAUUCAGUGACCUGAGCUGUCCGGAAGCGCAGCGGCUUAUAGGAGGAAUGGAGCAGCGGGAGGAAACUGCUAGGCGCAUUGAUGAGGCAAUUCUAGACUUGUAUAGGAUUGAACAAGGCAAGGAUUUAGUUACUUGA